AUGUUCAGUGUUGCAUUAAGGAUUUUCGAGUUUCACGACCCGCAAGCUUCCAAAAACGCAGUCUCUGUGCAGGUGGCAAGCCACGGACAUCCAGCACAUGAUCUCUCGGAAAUGGCAUACAAGGCAAUUCGUGAAGCCACUGUUCCAGCUGACUCUGUCUUUGCGCAACUCCAGCCGCUCAUGGUUGGCCCUAUUGCUGCACUUGUUUUACCAGCAGUUUCACCGGCACAUCUUGCAGCUGCAUUAACUGUACUAUCGCCUGUUCCUGGGGUAUUUCCCGCACCGACUCGAAAAAAGAGCCCCGGGUAUCACGAUCCUAUUUGCCAGAGUGGCCUUGCGAAGCUUAUGUUGGUAGGGGGUCGUAUCGAAGGCAAAGUGUUUGAUCAGGCCGGGGUCAAUUGGGUGGGCGGUAUUGCAGAUGGAGUGGAUGGCUUGCGAGCACAGCUUGUCAACAUUUUGCACGGAGCUGGCCUUGGUGUUACGGCCGCCCUCGAUGGCAGCAGUCGGAAUAUAUGGCUUGCUCUUCAGAGCAGGAGGCUACAAUUGGAUUGCGGCGGCGACAAUUCGCAACAGUGA